AUGACAUUUUCUGUUCAGCCUCAGAAAUCCUGGAUCGAAGCAGUAUUUGAAAAGAGAGAAUGUAAUAAAAUCAUACCCAGCUCAAAAGACCCACACAGGUGUACUUCAGGAUGCCAGGUGUGUCAAAAUUUGAUCAGAUGCUACUGUGGCCGAUUGGUUGGAGACCAUCAAGGAAUAGAUGAUGUGUGGACCCUAUCAGCUGCCGACGGCAACGACAAUGAACCGUGGUCUGUUGAGAAACACACAACGAAAAGCUCUACAGACACCUUUGGCACCAUUAACUUCCAAGAUGGAGAUCACAUCUACCACUCCAAGUAUAUUCGAACUUCUUAUGAUACCAGAUUGGAUCAUCUGUUACAUUUAAUGUUAAAAGAGUGGAAGAUGGAACUGCCGAAGCUGGUGAUCUCCGUCCAUGGGGGCAUCCAGAGCUUUAAGAUGCCCUCCAAGAUUAAAGAGAUCUUCAGCCAUGGGUUGGUCAAAGCUGCAGAGACCACGGGGGCAUGGAUAAUUUCGGAAGGCAUCAAUACUGGCGUGUCCAAGCACGUUGGGGAGGCUCUGAAAGCCCAUUCCUCCAAGUCCUUGAGAAAAAUCUGCACCGUAGGAAUCCCCCCCUGGGGUGUCAUUGAGAACCAGAAAGACCUCAUUGGAAAAGACGUGGUGUGCCUCUAUCAGACCCUGGGCAACCCUCUCAGCAAGCUCACCACCCUCAACAGCAUGCACUCGCACUUCAUCUUGGCCGACGACGGCACCGUGGGCAAGUACGGCAAUGAAAUGAAGCUCCGGAGGAAUCUGGAGAAACACCUCUCACUGCAGAAAAUCCACAGCUGCUCCCGACAAGGCGUGCCUGUGGUGGGGCUCGUGGUGGAAGGAGGUCCCAAUGUCAUCCUCGCCGUGUGGGAGACCGUCAAAGACCGCGACCCCGUGGUGGUGUGUGAAGGCACGGGCAGGGCGGCGGACAUCCUGGCCUUCACCCACAAGCACCUGGACCAAGGGGUCCUGCGUCCUCAAGACAAAGAAGAGAUUAUGUGCAUGAUCCAGAACACUUUCAGCUUCAGCCUUAAGCAGUCCAGGCACCUGUUCCAAAUCCUCAUGCAGUGUAUGAAGCACAGGGAUGCUAUUACCAUAUUUGAUGCCGAUUCGGAGGAGCAGCAGGACCUGGAUUUAGUGAUCUUAACAGCUCUGCUGAAGCGAGCAAAUCUGUCACCCUCAGAACAAUUAAAUCUGGCAAUGGCUUGGGACAGAACUGACAUCGCCAACACACACAUCCUAAUUUAUGGACAACAUUGGAAGUGCGGCGCGCUGGAGCAGGCCAUGUUAGAUGCGUUAGUGAUGGACCGGGUUGACUUUGUGAAGCUCCUGAUAGAGUACGGAGUGAACCUCCAUCGGUUUCUCACCAUCCCCCGGCUGGAAGAGCUCUACAACACAAAACAGGGGCCUACCAACAUGCUGCUGCAUCACCUUGUCCAGGAUGUAAAACAGCAUACCCUCCUCUCAGGCUACAAAAUCACGCUGAUCGAUGUUGGGUUGGUGAUAGAGUACCUCAUUGGGGGAGGAUAUCGCAGCAGCUACACUAGGAAAUCCUUCCGCGUCCUUUACAACACCCUCUACAGGACAUAUAAGAGAUCCACCAGCUUUCCUCAAAGCCUUUCCCACUACUCUCUUCACUGGAGACGCCACUCGGAAAACAGAAAUGGGUCUGCAGAGAACACGCUGCACUCGCAGUUCAUUAGAACCGCCCAACCUUACAAGGAGAAGUCUAUAGUCCUUGAUAAAUCAAGGAAAAAGUCGAAAGAAGGACGAUAUGUAGAUGACCCUGAGUCCACCGGCUUCACUUACCCUUACAACGACCUGCUGGUGUGGGCCGUGCUCAUGAAAAGGCACAAGAUGGCCAUGUUCUUCUGGCAGCAUGGCGAAGAGGCCACGGUGAAGGCGGUGAUUGCUUGUAUACUCUACCGAGCAAUGGCCCACGAAGCUAAGGAGAGCAACAUGGUGGACGACACUUCCGAAGAGUUGAAAAGUUAUUCAAAGCAGUUCAGCCAGCUGGCCCUGGAUAUCCUGGAGAAGGCAUUCAAGCAGAAUGAACGAAUGGCCAUGAAGCUCUUGACCUGCGAACUCAGGAACUGGAGCAAUUCCACCUGUUUGAAACUGGCUGUGUCUGGAGGGCUGCGACCUUUUGUGUCACAUUCCUGUACCCAAAUGCUGCUGACAGACAUGUGGACGGGGCGCCUGAAGAUGAGGAAAAACUCGUGGUUAAAGAUCAUCCUCAGCAUCGUUUUGCCACCCACCAUUUUGACGUUGGAAUUUAAGAGCAAAGCUGAGAUGUCCCACGUCCCGCAGUCCCAGGACUUCCAGUUCACGUGGUAUAAUGGUGACCAGACCCUCAGCACGGCCAAAGAAAAUGCUUGCACGAAAAAGUAUGAUUUGGAAAGAGGCCCUGCUGAAAAACCGGAUGAAAAUCAGCACGUGGACGGGAAGCGUCAGCGCAAGCGCCCUCCAUGGGCCAGGAAGGUGUAUGACUUCUACAGCGCUCCUAUUGUCAAGUUCUGGGUUUACACGAUGGCGUAUUUGGCGUUCCUCAUGCUGUUCACUUACACUGUGUUGGUGGAGAUGCAGUCGCAACCCAGCGUGCAGGAGUGGUUUGUUAUCAUUUACAUCUUCACCAACGCGCUGGAGAAGGCCAGGGAGAUCUGCAUUUCAGAACCCGAGAAGUUUACUCAAAAGGUAAAGAUAUGGACUAAUGAGUAUUGGAACCUAAUGGAAGCUGUGGCAACUUGCGUGUUUUUAGUUGGAUUUGGUCUGCGGUGGGGCAAGCCUCCUUUCCACACGGCAGGAAGACUGCUCUACUGCAUAGACACCAUCUUCUGGUACUCAAAGCUCCUGGACUUUCUUGCAGUGAAUCAACACGCAGGUCCAUAUGUGACCAUGAUUGCAAAAAUGGCAGCAAACAUGUUCUACAUCGUGAUCAUCAUGGCCAUAGUCCUGCUUAGCUUUGGGGUGGCACGCAAGGCCAUCCUUUCCCCAAAGGAGCCUCCAUCAUGGAGCCUCGCUCGAGAUAUCGUGUUUGAGCCAUACUGGAUGAUGUACGGAGAAGUGUAUGCCUCCAAUAUCGAUGUUUGUGAAAGCGAUCCAUCUUGCCCUCCGGGCUCUUUUCUUACUCCGUUCAUGCAAGCUGUCUAUCUCUUUGUGCAAUAUAUCAUCAUGGUUAACCUGCUGAUUGCUAUCUUCAACAAUGUUUAUGUCCAAAUGAAAUCCAUUUCAAACAAACUGUGGAAGUACAAUCGCUAUCGCUACAUCAUGACCUACUACGAGAAGCCAUGGCUGCCUCCUCCCUUCAUCGUCCUGUGCCACGUAGGCUUUCUGCUCCGCCGCCUUCACUGCCGGCGCACUCCCAACGACCAAGAAGAGGGAAAUGUCGGAUUAAAGCUCUACCUGAGUAAGGAAGAUCUGAAAAAACUUUAUGACUUUGAAGAGCAGUGUGUGGAAAUGUACUUCCAUGAGAAGACGGAAGAGCUGAACUGCUGUUCUGAAGAACGCAUCCGAGUGGCAUCGGAAAGGGUUACAGAGAUGUACUUUCACCUGAAGGAAAUGAAUGACAAGGUGUCUUUCAUAAAAGACUCCUUACUGUCUUUGGACAGCCAGGUGGGACAUCUGCAGGACCUCUCUGCUCUGACAGUGGAUGCCCUCAAAAUUCUUUCUGCUGUUGACACCUUGCAAGAGGACAGGGCUCUUCUGGUCAAGAGAGAGCAUCCCGAUCGCAGAAAACUUCCGCACAGCUGGAACAAUGUUAUCUACAGCAUGGGGCUCUCUGGCGGAAAGAAGUUCCAGUAUUACAGCAUGCCCCCUUCUUUGCUACGGAGCCUGGCUAGCAGCCAGCACCAACCAGGAUCGCAAAGGAGAGCUCUUCCUGAGGUCACAGACAGUCAGAGAGAGGCUUCUGGUGUGAGAGAUGACGAAAAAGAGCCCGCAUCGGAAAAAAGCACAGCUGCUUCUGGGAUGUCCAUUGGCAGUCAAGCACACUCCAAGUACGGCAAGUUUCUCCUGAUCCCUUCUUAUUUAAAACAAGUUCCUUUUCCUGCCAGGAGACUCUUGCCUCUGACCAGACCCUACAUGGAGACAAGCGUAGGUAGACUGGCAUCUGGACAGGUGCGUCAGAGCGAGAUUACUGAUUAUCCACACUGGCAGAGCCCAGUGGCCUCAGAGAAGGCAGCAGUGGCUGAAGCCAAGCAGAGGCAUGGCGCAGUCACUCAGACACCUGGCACACAAGACGAAGGGAAGCCAGCUCUGCCCAUUCUGGAUUGCACACCCACACCGGUGGCAAUGACCUCCGUUCCUUCUCAAGCCGAGAGCAUGCGCGCUGGUGGUGGAUAUGUGAACUGGGCAUUUUCGGAAGGUGAUGAAACUGAUCUGUUCAGCAUCAAGAAAAAGUGGCAAAGCUGCUUGCCCUCUGCACCUAGCAGUGGUUCCACACAGGAUUCACAAAGCCAGAUGCAGAGUCAGAACAGAUCCCUGUUUGACAGUUCAACAGCACUGACCCAGGCUGGCAACUGCUCAGAGGUGGGACCGUGGCUGCGGCCAAAUACACCUUUGUGGAUCAGUCCUCUCCACAAAGACAAGUUCUUCUUUAAAAGCCACAGCUUUAGAUUCUGCAAGAAAGAGAAGUUGAUGAAGAUCUGUAGGAGUGAAAAAAGUUCAAGAUGCUCAGGUGCAGGGGCAGCGUGGAUCAAAGCAAACAUGUUGACAAAGAACAUGAGAAUGUCAAAGAGAAAGAAGACGCAGAGGCUGCAAGUGCCGGUUAUAACAGUCAGCGCCUGCUGUCCAAGUGACCAGUUGAAUUCAGAGCCACGAGAAAACAACAGACCAGAGGAGAGCUACGGCAAGAACUGGCUGCCAGCGUCCAGACUUCAUCCUGUAAAUAAGAGAGAGUCGCCAGUCUUGAAUGCCAGAAGCCUGGUGGAGUUUUCUCAGGGUCUAGAACCUUAUAUAUAUCAGAAAAGGAAAACUGAAGAAACUGAACAACAUGCUGUACAAGCGGGGGAUUACUUACCGCAGUCCCGAGAGGAUCUCGGGGAAGACUCGUGGUGGACUUCCAGGAGCACCAGCCUCAUCAGCAACUCCCUGUCGAGAAGUCCAAAUGGAGUCGACAGGAUCUCUGCCUCAUUGGAAAGCCCUCCAGAGUCUCACCACCACUAUUCAGCCAUUGAAAGGAACAAUUUAAUGAGGCUCUCUCAAAACAUACCCUUUACACCGAUCCAACUGUGUGGGGGAGAAGAAGUCACUGUGUACAGACUGGAAGAGAGUUCCCCUUUGAACCUUGCUAAAAGCGUAUCCUCCUGGUCUCCGCGUGGCAGAGCUGCAGUGGUCCAGGUGCUGUCCCGAGAGGAGCUGGGCGGGGGCCUCCGCAGAGCCAUGCGGGUCGUCAGCACUCUGUCCGAGGACGCCGUUCUCAAGCCGGGACAGGUUUUCAUUGUGAAGUCCUUUCUCCCCGAGGUUGUGCAGACAUGGUAUAAAGUCUUCCAGGAGAACACAGUACUGCAGCUCUGUCUCAGGGAAAUUCAACAACAAAGAGCUGCUCAAAAGCUGAUCUGUACAUUCAACCAAGUAAAACCACAUACCAUACCCUACACGCCAAGGUUCCUGGAAGUUUUCUUAAUCUACUGCCAUUCGGCCAACCAAUGGUUGACUAUUGAGAAGUACAUGACAGGGGAGUUCCGGAAGUACAACAACAACAAUGGUGAUGAGAUCACUCCCCGCAGCACCCUGGAGGAGCUGAUGUUGGCUUUCUCUCACUGGACCUAUGAGUAUACUCGGGGAGAGCUGCUGGUUUUGGAUUUGCAAGGUGUUGGAGAAAAUUUGACAGAUCCAUCUGUUAUAAAACCUGAAGACAAACAAUCAAGAGGAAUGGUGUUUGGACCGGCCAAUUUAGGGGAAGAUGCAAUUAGAAACUUCAUUGCAAAACAUCGUUGCAAUUCCUGCUGCCGGAAGCUCAAACUCCAGGAUUUAAAGAGAAACAACUAUUCACCUGGAAAGGUAAAUUCUAGCUUAGGCCUCGAUACCAACAGAGGGCCACCUGAGGAGCCUGCAGAGAAGGACGAGGAUGGACAUGCCCAGGAAUACGACACACGACUGUGAAAGGAGGAGAGAUGGAGGACAGUGGUCCUCACGCUUCCUGCCAUGAGCUGUGUGGUGAUAUGGAUUGGUUGUUCCACAUGGAGCACACCAUGGCAGAACAGCUGUAUGUGGUAUGCCUCGCUGGGACACACACCUUCUGAGCCCCACACCGUGCCUUGUCCAAAGACCUCUCUGGUCUAUGAAGAAAGGGCUCUCGCUGUAGACCUUGGUCCAGGGCGUUUUGUAUGUGUUCUGUGUCUUCUGGUUCCACAAGAAGAUACUUGGAGGCGUCAGCUGGGAAUACUGUGGUUUUAUACCUCAUUGCUUUAGCUGGUCGCUAGGAACCUUUGGAGCAAAAAUUCUGUGCAAUAAAGGACUAGGGGGAUGAACUUAAUUUAUUUUCUCACUAUGUGUUCAAAGUCUAUCCCCUACUGCUAUACAUCACCUCAUCCGUAUAUUGUGCUCAUGUAUAUAUGUGUGUACAUUACACGGUUACUUGACUUUUUCCUCCUCUCUUUCUAACAGCCCAGGGCUUUCAAUAGCAACAGCAGAGAAAACAGCGGGGUGAAGGUGUAUUUGCACAGACUGUG